AUGUCUUCAGAGAAGCUCAGAGUCCCCAUAGCCAUCACGACUCUCAGAGCCUCUCUGAUGAAUCUCCACCACCAUGUUCACCGUCGUCAAUGGACCGAACUCAUAGACCGUAGCACCAUCUCCAUUCCAGAAUCACUCACGGAAGCCUUUUUCCGAAUCCGGAAGAACAUUUACUACUUCCGAAUCAAUUACAUCAUUGUGUUAACGUUGGUUCUCGCAGCGUUCCUCCUCUCGCGUCCUCUUUCACUCCUUCUUCUCAUUUCCCUUGCUGGUGCGUGGCUUUUUCUCUACAUUCUCCGGGCACCCGAGAAGAAACUCGUGAUCCUCGACCGUGUGUUUUCGAAAAAUGAGUUGCUGGUUGUGUUGAUUGUAGCAACUGUUGUGGUGGUUGUGGUGACGAGCAUUGUGUCGGUGAUUGUCUAUGCUGUGAUGGUGGGGGUGGGGAUUGUGUGUGCUCAUGGAGCGAUUUGUGUUCCAGAGGAUUUGUUCCUUGAGCAACAAGAACCAUGGUCCUGGUAUUUUGGCCUUUUUCCCUUAGUUGAAAAUGGGUCCAAAUCUAGGAGUUCAUAUGAUCCUAAUAAUAGUAUAGUAUAG